CCGGGGGCGUGGCCUGUGGUGGGCGUGGCCUCAGGGAGGCCUCACCUGCAGAUAUGAGACUGCAGCUCACACCUGAGGGACACGCCGAGGAGCUCUGACGGAGUCUUGCAGACAUGGACUUCGCAGGCAUGAUUGGAAAGUUUGUCGGAGUUGGAGGAGACAAUGACGGAGGAGGAGGAGGAGGAGGAGGAGGAGGAGGAGGAUCGGGGGGACAGCCACCACGCUUCGCAGAAAAAAUCGGCAGGACAGUCGGUGAUGUUACUGCAAAUGUAGCAACCAACCUGGUGCACAAAGUCAUGGGAGGAGGAGGAGAGCAGGAGCAGCAGAGGGGAGGAGGAGGUGGUGAAGAUAAAGGGACGGACCUCAUGGGGGGAUUAUCCAGCUUUAUAGGAGGAAGUGGAGACAGCGGAGAAGGUGGAGGAGGCGGAGGAUUUAAUUUCAGCAAUUUAAUGGGAGGAGGUGAUGAAGGCCAGAGAGGAGGCGGCCAGGGAGGAGGAGGAGGAGGCGGCAGCGGCGGCAGCGGCGGCGGCGGCGGCGGAGGAGGUGAUGAUGGCUUUGAUUUGGCCGGUGCGCUUAGUGGGGAUGGCAGCUGAUGAGUAAAGGACUGGACAGUUUAGGAAAGGCCCUCAGGACUUUUUGGAAAGAAACUCUCCCUCAGCUCAAUCCAAGGCGGGGUGUAUAUGUAUGUAUGUGUGUGUCUUCCAUCAGAAAUAAAGAUGUUCUAACAAC